AAAGAUAACAUGCAUUCCUUAUGAAAAGCAGGAACUGAUCUUUUAAACAGAGAAUUUAAAGUUAUAUUGUUCUACAUAGACAUCAUUCAUAUAUUUACUAUGCUUUUAAUGAAUAUGGAUUUUCUUUUUUCUUUGUUGGUUAUUUAGUUUUAACCAAGAUUGACAACUACACUCUGUUGGAUUACUCCCUAAUCAGUUCUCCAGAAAUUACUGAGAACUACCUUGACCUGAACUUGAAGGGCGUAUUCUACCCACUGGAAAACCUCGCCGACCCGCCCUUCUCACCAGUUCCUUUUGUGCUCCCAGAACGCAGCAACUCCAUGCUCUACAUUGGAAUUGCCGAGUAUUUCUUUAAAUCUGCGUCCUUUGCUUAUUUCACAGCUGGGGCUUUCAACGUCACUCUCUCCACCAAAGAGAUUUCCAACCAUUUUGUUCAAAACUCUCAAGGCCUUGGCAAUGUGCUCUCCCGGAUUGCAGAGAUCUACAUCUUGUCCCAGCCCUUCAUGGUGAGGAUAAUGGCCACGGAGCCUCCCGUGAUCAAUCUACAACCAGGCAACUUCACCCUGGACAUCCCUGCCUCCAUCAUGAUGCUCACCCAACCCAAGAACUCCACAGUUGAAACCAUCGUUUCCAUGGACUUCGUUGCUAGUACCAGUGUUGGCCUGGUUAUUUUGGGACAAAGACUGGUCUGCUCCUUGUCUCUGAACAGGUAAGAUCAAUCAAUUUGACUGUUGGGAC